GGCCUAUACAUUGCACAUGCGCGAACUGUUACAUCUUCUCGCGAGAGGAAAAAGUGCCUCCUGGAUGCUGGAGUGGUCUCCGCAGGUUCUAGGGUAGUCACUCCCGUUCGUCCACCAUGGCGUCUGUGGGGACCCUCGCCUUCGAUGAGUAUGGGCGCCCUUUCCUCAUCAUCAAGGACCAAGACCGCAAGUCCCGGCUCAUGGGGCUCGAGGCUCUCAAGUCUCACAUAAUGGCUGCAAAAGCUGUUGCAAAUACCAUGAGAACAUCACUUGGACCAAAUGGACUUGACAAGAUGAUGGUGGAUAAGGAUGGCGAUGUGACUGUAACUAAUGAUGGGGCCACCAUUCUAAGCAUGAUGGAUGUGGAUCAUCAGAUUGCCAAGCUGAUGGUUGAACUGUCUAAAUCCCAGGAUGAUGAAAUUGGAGAUGGAACUACAGGAGUGGUUGUCCUAGCUGGUGCCUUGCUGGAAGAAGCUGAGCAGCUGCUGGACCGAGGCAUUCACCCCAUCAGAAUCGCCGAUGGCUAUGAGCAGGCUGCCCGAAUCGCUAUUGACCACCUGGACAAGAUCAGUGACAGUGUCCUUGUGGACAUAAACAACCCUGAACCCCUGAUUCAGACUGCAAAAACCACUUUGGGCUCCAAAGUGGUUAACAGCUGUCACCGACAAAUGGCGGAGAUUGCUGUCAAUGCUGUCCUCACAGUAGCAGACAUGGAGCGGAGAGAUGUUGACUUUGAGCUCAUCAAGGUGGAAGGCAAAGUGGGCGGGAGGCUGGAGGACACCAAACUUAUUAAGGGUGUGAUCGUCGAUAAGGACUUCAGUCACCCACAGAUGCCCAAAAGAGUGGAAAAUGCUAAGAUCGCAAUUCUUACAUGUCCUUUUGAGCCACCUAAACCCAAGACAAAGCACAAGCUGGAUGUGACCUCUGUAGAGGACUACAAAGCCCUGCAGAAGUACGAAAAGGAGAAGUUUGAGGAGAUGAUUCAGCAAAUUAAAGAAACUGGUGCUAACCUAGCUAUUUGCCAGUGGGGCUUUGAUGAUGAAGCCAAUCAUUUACUUCUUCAGAACUCCCUGCCUGCAGUCCGCUGGGUGGGAGGACCUGAGAUUGAGCUGAUCGCCAUUGCAACUGGAGGGCGGAUUGUCCCUCGGUUCUCCGAGCUCACAGCCGAGAAGCUAGGCUUUGCUGGUGUUGUGCAGGAGGUCUCUUUUGGCACAACAAAGGACAAAAUGCUGGUCAUCGAGCAGUGCAAGAACUCCAGAGCUGUAACCAUCUUCAUCAGAGGAGGAAAUAAGAUGAUCAUUGAAGAAGCAAAGCGUUCCCUUCACGAUGCCUUGUGUGUCAUCCGGAACCUCAUCCGAGAUAACCGUGUGGUAUAUGGAGGAGGAGCUGCUGAAAUAGCCUGUGCCUUGGCAGUUAGCCAAGAGGCAGAUAAGUGCCCAACUUUGGAGCAGUAUGCCAUGAGAGCUUUUGCAGAUGCCUUAGAGGUUAUCCCCAUGGCCCUUUCUGAAAACAGUGGCAUGAAUCCCAUCCAGACUAUGACUGAAGUCCGAGCCAAACAAGUGAAGGAGUCGAACCCUGCACUCGGGAUUGACUGUUUGCACAAGGGUACAAAUGAUAUGCAGCGACAACAUGUCAUAGAAACCUUGAUUGGGAAGAAGCAGCAGAUCUCUCUUGCCACACAGAUGGUCAGGAUGAUUUUGAAGAUUGAUGACAUCCGUAAACCUGGGGAGUCUGAAGAAUAGAAAAAAAGUAGAAUCAAACGCCGUCAUCACUGCUGUGAUUAAAUAAAGGGAAUCUCGUGCUGCAUGUACAGUUACUUACUACGUGCUUUCUCAGCCACCGUACAUGCUGGAAUAAAGCAACUGUUGGGUAACUGGUUCCACUUGUUUAGAGCACUGUAAUUUGAGGAAUGUCAUCUCACAAGCUUUUGUUUUCAUUAAAGAGGUCUCUUUAAACAGUCUUUAUCUUCAGGUUUAAAAAACAUUCUAACAUUAAAUGCUGCUGUAACUGA